AUGAGCUCGCUCCUCAUGGAUUUCGACCCCUUCCUCGUCAACACGGUCGAUGCAGACAAGGCCGCAGAUGAGGCACACGGCGCCUCCGCCGCAGCCAAGGCAACCGCCGCCAUCCUCAACAAGCAGUUUGCUGGAAUGCGAAUCAAUCACUACGGAGACGAGCAUGGCACGACCUUGCCGCUCUUCAUCCAAAGCAUCAAGCGUACCAAGUACAGCUGCCCUGGCAUCACGGAAGGUGAACUCGUCAAUCUGGCCAUCAGCAACCUCACCGGCGCAGCUUUUGACUUUGCCACCGAACUGAAGACCGAGGGGCUGACCCUCGAGAAGCUGAAGAAGGCCCUCGCAGACAAAUUCGAGCAGGCAGCCGACUACUUGAGCCUGAAGAGCUCCUUCGAGCGCCUGAAACAGGAAGAAUGGGAAAAUGUGAAACAGUUCUACCUUCGCUUGGAGGCAGCCGCCAACAGAAUGCUGAGGGCUCGCAACCCACAUGCUGAGGAAACUGAGAACGUCAAAAAGCACUACCUGGAGGAGGAGAUGAAGCGCCAGUUCUUCGCAGGUCUCCACGACAACAUUGCAACUGCCCUCCAGAUCAGCAGUGCUGAAACAUUGGAAGAUAUGUUGAAAACAGCCAUCAAGUUUGAAGCUGGAAGGAGACAGAGGAAGAGCAGGAGCCAAACAACUGACCUGGUAGCCGCAGUCACCGAAGCCAUCCUUGCCGCAACCGGCACCAGCUCCGUGAGCCAACAGCAAACGGCCCCAGCCUCCGCUGCCUCCCAACAGCAGCAGCAGCAUGUCUCUCUUCAGCAGCUCCUCCAGCAACAGGGAGCCCAGGCAGCGCCCCAACUGCCCCAGAGCGUCCCCAACCUGUUCAAUCAGCAGCCGCAGAAUUUCUGGCCCCAAAUGCAGGCACCUCUUGCGCAGCACUCCGUCAACUACGCAGGCACACCGCCCCAGCAGCAAGGAAGGCGGAACUCAAAUGCAGGAGGAAACCAGCCUCGGAACCUGAAAGGAGGAAAAUGUUUCAGAUGUGGACAGUUCGGACACAUGGUCAAGGACUGUCAGAAGCCCUGCUCGUACUGCUUCAAGCCCGGCCACAGCCUGGGCGCAGCAGGGAGGACAAGGAGCUCCAAUCAACCAGUCUCAGCCAAAAAACUCGCAGCAGUAGGCGGCGCUGACGCCGCCCUCCAGUCCUUCCUCAACAUACAUGCCGUCCAGCCACGCCCUGGCCGCAUCCUCUGGGUCCAGAGAGGGCGCGUCCGCAUCCCCAUGAUGGUCGACAGUGGCAGCGCAAUCACCAUCCUGCGCUAUGACCUGGCGAAGCGACUGGGGCUGGACCUGAAACCGUGUCACAUUAAAUUUGGCUGCGCAAAUGGCACGGGCAUGCAAGUUAGAGGGAGCACCGAUUUCAAGUUCACUGUUUUGGGGAGAAAUAUUACACACACCUGCGUGGUCGUAGAUGUCACUGGCGUUGGCUACCAGGCCCUCCUCGGACUCGAUUUUCUGCACCAGCACCAAGCCGUCAGUGACCACGCUCACAACAGACUCCACUUCCCAUGGGCUACCGCUGAGCUGGACGCCAACACCGGCCAUCUGGAGGCGCAAGUCACUAUGGUGGACAAAAGACCUGAGCGGGACAACGAGCACGAGCUGGAGUUCUUUCCUGUUGUCGCCCCGCGAGAUGAGCUGGUUCGAGAGCUGAGCUGCACCGCCGUAGAAGUUGUCUCCGGACUGGCCGAAGGCACCGACGUGCUCGUUCUCACUGAAAGCCCCGGAGUCAGCUGUCCAGCGGUCCCGAUGGUCACCAAGGUGGAGCGCGGUGGCCGAAUUUCAAUCCUGCUCAGCAACCCUGAAACAAGUCCAUUUCUCGUUAAAGCAGGAAAAAUUGAAGGAAUAUUGGUGGCUAAAAUUGGCACAGAUUACAAAAUUGAAGAAGAAGAAGUCGAGCAAGAAAAAGAGCCAAAACCACCUGACCCGCCAGCCGAGUGCGAAAAUCUGAUCAAUUUGUGCACCGAAGAGGAGAGACAUGAGCCGCCUUUCCUGCCCAACCCUGUCGGUCAGCCACUCACAGACGAACAACGCCUUGCCCAGUUCGAUUUCAACGGCGUUGACCCUGAGCACCUGCCAACCCUGAAGGCCCUCAUCCUCAAAAACAUUGACGUUUUCGCCUUCAGUGACUCACAGCUGGGCUGCACCGACAUGCUGACACACAAGAUCGACACGGGCAACGCAGAGCCGGUGAAAAUUCGCCCAUAUCGAGUGCCGAUGGCCAUGCGAGAAGUGAUGGAGGCCGCGGUGCGAGACAUGAGGCGCCAGGGAGUCAUCGAGCCUGCCAACAGCCCCUGGAGCGCACCAAUGAUCAUGGUGGCAAGGCGCGGUCCAGACGGAGAGGUCAUCAAGUACCGACCCUGCAUUGAUUGGAGAGGAUUAAAUGCGGUGACGAAAAAGAGAGUUUACCCUUUGCCGCACAUCCAGGACGUCUUGGACUCUCUGCAAGGCAGCAAAUUCUUCUCCACUCUUGACCUGGACAGCGGCUACUGGCAGAUACCAAUGGACGAGGCGUCCAAGGAGAAGACGGCCUUUUCAACGCCCUUCGGACAAUUUCAAUGUCUUCGAAUGGGGUUUGGGCUUGUUAAUGGACCGUCUGACUUUUCUGCCCUGAUGGACGCAGUCUUCAGAAACAAACGCAAGGGGGUGGUCAACUACAUGGACGACGUGGUGGCCGGGACAGCACUCCUCUGCGAACACUGGGACGUCCUGCAAUACAUCUUUGACCGACUGAGAGAAGCAAAGUUGAAGCUCAAACCAGCAAAGUGCUUCUUCUUGCGCCAAGAAGUCUCAAUUUUGGGACACAGAGUGAGCGCCCUUGGCUCCAAGCCAGACAACAAAAACGUUCAGGCCAUCGUCCGCUUCCCCGUCCCAACAGAGAAGCGAGCCCUGAGGAGCUGGGUCGGCAUGGUGAACUACUUCCGCCGCUACAUUCCCAAGUUCUCUGGCCUCAUCAAGGUCCUCACUGACCUGCUGAAGGAGGACGAGCCCUUCGUCUGGAACGAGGAACGCCAAACGGCCUUCGAACACACAAAAGCCCUGCUGCACAGCGAGCCGCUCCUCCGCCUGCCAGACAUGAGCAAGCCCUUCGUCCUCAGCACUGACGCCUCUGGCUUUGCCCUUGGCGCCGCCCUUGAGCAGGACUUCGAAGACGGCCGCCACCCAGUUGGUUUUGCCAGCCAAAAACUGAAAAAGGCAGAACUGAAUUACCACACAACAGAAAGAGAAUGCCUUGCAGUGCUCUUCGGCGUCCGAGCCUUUGAUGUCUACUUGAGAGGGCGCCAUUUCAUUCUGCAAACUGACCAUGAAUGUCUCAAGUGGCUUUUGAGCACCAGCAGAGUCAAAGGAGGCAAACUCGCAAGGUGGGCAGUCGAGCUGGCGGAGUAUGACUUCACCGUCCAAGUCGUCCCUGGCAGCAAGAACACCGUCGCCGACGCUCUCUCCCGCGUAGAAAUCAAUUCAGUCAUGCAGACCACUCAGGAGCCAGCUGUCAAGGACGAAAUCGCAAAAAUCUGGGACAGAAAAACAAUUUUGGCGGCUCAGAAAAGUGACAGCCACUGCUCCAGAGUGAUGAGCACACUGAAAAACGCACCAGAAGCUGAAAUCAGCCCAUACUUUGUAGACCAGGAUGGCCUCCUCUACUUCAGAGACCUUGAGGGGCCACGCCUUUGUGUACCAGAAGAAAUGAGGCCACGAGUGUUGGAGGUCUGCCACAAUCUGCCAACUGGUGCACACAAAGGAGGCUUCAGGAUGUUCUACGACAUCAGAAAACGGUUCUACUGGCCUGGAUGGCACCGAGACGUUCGCCAGCACUGCGUCCUCUGCAUGUCCUGCGUGCAGAAAAAGGGUAAAAAUAUGCAGCCUGUGCUUAACAGACCAGUAGCCCCAGUCGUCUGGCGCCUGCAGAGAAUCGCCAUCGACGUUAAAGGUCCACUCCCCUUGAGCAAGAAACGCAACAGGUACAUUCUGACCUUCGUGGACCACUUCACACACUACCCUGAAGCAGCAGCAGUUGCGAAUACUGAUGCCCCAACCGUCGCAUGGCACCUGGUGGACAAAAUAAUAUCUCGUUACGGUGUCCCACUUGAAAUGCUUACCGACAGAGGAACCAACUUCACGUCCGCAGUCAUCGCAGCAGUUGCAAAACUCUUAAAAAUGAAGCAAAUCUUCACUUCACCUUAUCACCCUGAAGGAAAUGGCCUCCUAGAGAGGAGCCACCAAACUUAUGGAAGUUUUAUCAAUCAGUUCUGCAGCAAUGGACAGGGAGACUGGGAAGAAAAUCUGCCAUUUGCUCUCAUGGCCAUCAGAACAAGUCCGAAUCGCACCACGCAGACAACACCAAGCAUGAUGAUGCUGGGGAGAGACAUUGAGUUACCAUGGGAGGACAUAACUUACCCAAAGGAGAAAGUGUCUUUCCAUGACGCAAAAGAUCCCAGCGUCGUCGUGGACCAACUGAGAGCUCGCCUGGCGACCACUCAUGCAGCAGCAUUGCAGUUCAGCGAAGAGGCAAAAGAGGCAUACACUUGCCGAGGGCCUCUGCCUUCCUUCUCACCGGGUGACUUGGUCCUGCGCAAAGAAAUGCGCCCUGGAAAGAAAGGAAAAGAUGGUGAUAAAUGGCGAGGCCCCUACGUAGUUCUCCAUCGGAGAAGUGACGUUACUUACGACUUAAAAUUAUUGAACCCAGAUGAGAGAGAGCAAGUCGAAUGCACAGUACACGUCAGCCAUCUCAGACCAAAAGGGAGCCUUGCACAACUUGUGAUCGGAGCACCCUUUGCUUUUUCUUCUGACGUCACACCAGUUAAUGACAAUGCUGGAGCUUCCGGGAGUGCAGCUGAUCCAGCGAGCACAAUCACAGGGAGGUCUGACACAGGGCCCGUGUCAGGUCAAACUUCCAGUAGCACUCCUGAAACCUCAAGCCAGUCAGAAACACAGAGCAAGAGAAAUGCAAGUGCCUUACCUCCAGACGAGAGCACCGGGGAGGCGCCGACACACAAAGAGUCAUCCAUCGAGGAGCACCACACAGAAUCUGGCUCUUCAAUUGCCACCAGCAGUCCCUCGGACACGGCAGACAAAGGCCAGCAGGCCGACCUCCUCGGCUGUGACGAACAUGCCAUGGAUGGCCCACCUCCGAUGGUGCCAAUUCAGUCUUCAACUGGUCUGCAAAAUAAAUCGUCGAUGCAGCCGGAUAACCACGAGUCAACCGGGGGGCAACGACAGCCCCAGGAAGGAAAUCCCAGUCUGGCCAAAAAGACCGGACACUCUGCCUCCUCUGAUGAUAAUCCAGAGUCCACCAGGGGGCAGCCACCGCCUGCAGAAAAUUUUCCAAACGCGCCAGCUGGCGCAGGAACCAGCAAAGCUGCCGAGCAACCACCGCCGCCCACACCUCGAAAGCGCGGCCGGCCUCGGAAGGGCGAGGAGAAGGCAAAAGUGCCUGAGCCAUUUGCUGAACUCGCCGAAUUGGCAGGCCUACACCGUGGGCACCACAAUCUGCGAGAGCGCCGACCGCGUCUCCAAGAUCCGAAUUUUGCUUGGAACCAGUGACGAGGACCUGAAACAAACAAAGAAGAAAAGAAAAAUCAGUAAAAGAAAAGGAGCAGUUCAAGAGAGAAGAAAACGCGCCGAAUUCCGAAUUGCAAAUCUGAGCCACAUUAGAUAAAAGUUGAACCCCUUAGUUAAUAAGAAUGUAUAAAUGGAGCGACAUUAGCUGAAGUUCUCGCUCAGACUGAAUGCGAAUAAUUAAAGUUUGGGCGACAUCAGUUGAAGUUCUCGCCCAACUUAAGUAAAUGACUGCGCAAGAGCGAAGGACAAGCGAGUCCGAACUGCAAAAUUUGUCGAAAAGAUGCAGUUAGAAUAAUAUCAAAAUUGUAAAUUAAUUGUAAAAUAGCUUAAAAUUUUCAAUUGUAAAUUCAAAGAAGAUGAAUUUUUUUAAAUUAAUUAAUAAGCGUAUUUUAUCUGUGUGUAUAUAACUUUUGUCAAAGAAAAUUCAGAGAAAAAUUUAAAAUUAAUUCUGCCCGCAAUUAGCAAAAGAAAAUGUUUAAACUCUGAAAAGAAUGAAUUGAUCGUCUCAAACGUGAUUAAUUAAUAUGUAAUUUAAGGAACACAAACAAAUACUCACACUCACUUGUACGAGCAAAACUCUGCCUCCGCCGCCUCCACCCAGCGCUGCCGCCAAAACCGCCAUGUGCACCAAAUCGCCUGCGGCAAUUCGCCAAAAGUCGGCACAGCAGCGCGGCCGCCGACUGCCAGCCGUCGCCCGUCGUCCACAGCCGAGCCACACCGGUCAGACGCGACGCGCCUGACGCCUAGAAUCCGCGAAAGUCACCAAGAAUUGCGAAAAUAAUUGCGAAAAAAUUUGCAUCACUCACCUGUUCGCCGGUCAUGCGAAAAUCGUCUGCUGCAGCACUGCCAACACAACUCCAAGGAAGAGAGCAUUGCUACCAACCAACUCCGUAAUGUGGCCGCAUGCGACCACGCCUCCGUCAGACCCAACAAAAACAAACACCUCGCCGCUCGCCAAUCAAACUUUCCGUCCAUCGCUUCUCUUUUGCUCACGGGACAGUGUCCGAAAAAAAAGGCCAACAUGGACAACAUGGACCUGAGGCGUCUGGCCGACGAAUUGGCAGCCCGCAUCCAGAACAGACUUCUCGCAGCCCUCCCAUCGCGAGAGGAAAUUCACGGCAUGGUCCUCUCCACCUUGAUGACCGUCCAACAAGAGGCACCACCACAGCAACUUUGCUCAACCAUUGUAAAUGAACGCCGCCCAGACGAGAGACCGAGGUCAAGGUCGACAAGCCCCUCCAGGAGGCCGAGCCCCAGACGACACUCUAACAACUCGCUGCAGAGCCGGCUCGGGCCCCGGAGACGGAGAGCUUCCCAGUCCUCGGGUCACGUCCGGAAGAGAACCUUGAGCGCCCCGAGGACGGGACGCUGAACCAGGGGGCACUGACGUGACCCUCCCUUAGGCCGGCCAUUGACCUGGCCGUCUACGGACCGCCGAGAGACUGACCGCCGCAGAUUCAACAUCGCGAGCACUACGUAAUUAAUUAAAGGCCAUUCCAUAUUUAAAUAAAAAUAAUUUAGAGAGUCCUGUAUAUGUUUAAAGUCAAUUCCCGCCGAACAUUUGUAAAAACCGCGUUGUAACUGAAACACUUAAACUCAAAAAGUUCUCGAGCGCGCCUACUUCCGCGGCGCCACUGACUUCCGCGUCCCUACCUGGCGUGCUGACGCCAGGUUGGGCGCCAACGGACAAGUCAGACAGCCUGGGAGACUCAAGCCGUUCAGACGUAUAUCACUUUUGCUCUAAAACCGCCAUAUUGCCCAACCACACUAGCAUCACAACUCCGGUAAUAAUUCUCAAUCAGCCCAAAUCACCCCUUUUAAAGACUCUCUCUCAUUUAAAUUAAGUAAUUUUAAUUAAUCAGGCCUAUUUAUUAGAACAUAUUUUAAACUUAAUUAAUAAUAAACUUGUAAUUGUUAGACUUAAGAAAAUAUAACCUUAACUACUAUUAUUAAAUUUAAACCCUUUGUGUAGUAAUUGAAGUUAAGCAACCCUGAAUUAAGCAAUAGAGAAUAAAUUAAAAUAAGAGAAUUAACUUGAUUUAAUUAAAAGAUUUUAAGAUAAAUAAGUUAAACUUUGGCCAACACGUGUCCCCACGUGUUGAGGUUAAGAUCUUAAAUUAAAGCCUAGAAUAAUCUCAGAUUAAAGCUUAACUUAAGGAUAAAUUAAGAAGAACAGGAUAAUAAAGAUAAAUUAAGGAAUUAGUUAUUUAAAGUGAAACUCAAACUAGUCAAACUUAAAAGUCAAAUGAAGAGACAAUUAGAUAAAGACCGAAGGCCAAUUAUUCCCCAAAACCCAAUAGUAAGCCGAAACUUAAAUUAAAACCCAAAUGAGUUCUCCCCGGCCAGUCUCCAGCUCUGGUUAAAUUUUGACGCGCUCGGAUGGAACUUGCUGAUUAAUUCAAAGUGUCGUGUGGUUACACGACAAUAAUAUAUGAUGUAGAUGUAACCAUACGUAAUUAUAUAUAUUGCAAAUUCAAGAGAAUAAUUUGAAUAAAUUGAAUUUAAUACAUUUUUUUUUUAAAAUUCUUGUUAUUCAUACUUCCAAAAUAAAACAAAAAUUAGCCAAAUUUGGAUUGCAAAUUUUUAUAUUUUCAAUUUAAAUUUAACUUGCAAAAGCAAUAUUAUGUAUAUUUAUAUUAUUAUGAUACAUAUAUGUGAAUAAUUUGAAUAAAACAUUAAGGCUAGGUACAAUGGCUAGCUGCUGCUGCAGUUGACAAAAGAAACGCUUGCCACCACCUUGCAGGUGCUGCAUUCAGAGGCGGUUCCACUUCACAGCUCCGAGGCCAUCUGAUCUGUGUCCUUUAUUCCUUUGUCUUCGUGCCUCCCUUCCUCGACGUUGCCCAUCUUCAAUUUACAGGAAGUCAAUGCAGCAGGAGGUGCGAGCACAGUGGCACAAUGUUGUGACGUGGCGCUGGAAAAAAGGGAAUAUUAAUGUUUAAGUUAAAUUAUUGUCAAAUAACUCUAUAAUACCAGCUGUCUUUGAUCCUCUUAUUAGCAGGAGCCUCUUGGUCAUUGCUCUCUUCGGCAGUGCGCUUCUGAGACUGGACGUUGCGGUGGUUAUUAGCGGCAAUAUUCUCCAGGCUCGGCACGUUGGCUGGUUCGGCGAUCAGGUGUGAAGAGGUGCUGGGCAAAGGCUGAGACAUUGGGGGGUGACGCUACCUGGCAUAGUAGAUGUGUUGGAAGGCAAUGCAGCCAGCGGUCCAAGCAAGCUGAAAUGUUAUUUACUGUGUGAAACGAUUGAAAAAGGGAAUAAUUAAGUUUAAGUCAUAAUAUUUUCAAUAAUUCUAUAUACCAUGAGCUGUCUUUAUUCCUCUUUUCAGCAGAGCGCUUCCUAGACUGGAUGUUGCGGUUGGAAAUCAGGCAAUUCUCUCCAGGCUAUAGGUAUGAUGGCUGGCUGCAUGCGAGAAGAAACGCUCAUCACAACCUUGCAGGCGCCGCUCAAGCUAUAGGAAUUGUGUGCGCCAUACAUCUGCUCUUCAACAUUUAACUUUGCCACUGAAAUUUAAUUUAUGUAUUAUGCAAAACAAUCAAAGAGGGGAAUAUUAAAAUUUAAAUUAUCUUAUGACUGUCAAAUUUUAUUCAAUUUACCUGCUGUCCUUAGACGUUCUUCAGAGAGAAUUCGGAGAUAUUUUCACUCGUAGGCCACUUGGAAUUCUCCAUCUCAUCUCAGUGUCCAUUUUUUGGCCUAUUGGCUGGUCCAUCGGUUCCUAACAGGCAUUUUACCUCCCUUCCUCAAGGUCUCCUAACUCUCCUGUCUUAAAUUUGCAGGAAAAGAAUCUAUCGUUGUUACCCGACAUUUCGUGAUCGAGAAUUUUGUUUUCAAAUUUUGUAACAGACUUUUUGUUCUCUUCUCUGUAUUAGUUUAAAUUAUUGAUUGUUGUAUCUUUUAUCUGUUGGGACUGUUUUGGCUUUUUUCUGUAUAUGUUAGGUCUCUCUCUUUUAAAGGACACCUUAUUGACAUAGUAAAAUCCAAGUCCUCACAACAAUAGAAAGAUUUUUGCGAUUGUUGGAAGACAAUUGAAAAUUUGAAUCACCAUUGUUGUAAAUACUUGAUUUGACUAUGCCAGUAAGGAGUCCUUCAGGAUAGUAGAAUUUUCUACAAUCCUUGUUCUCUUUUUGUGAAGCUUUGAAUUGUGCUUCAUUUGUUGUGGCACAGUCUGAUUUGAUGC